UCUGUCGUCUAAACGUCUGGACAUGAAGAUCUUUCAAGAGUCCUGCUGCUCCAUUUUAGGAGUUCUUCUGUUUUCCCUUCUCCAAGUGUCGUGUGCUGAUCCAGAUAUGGAGGUUGUGCACAAAGCUGUUGGAGACUCACUGGAAUUAAUUGCUGAUUAUCCAAAAGAUGAUCUUUUAGUGAAGUGGAAAUAUAAUGGGACUGAAUUUGCUGAGUAUCAGAAUAAUAAUUUUAAAAUAGUUAAACCUGAUGUAUUUCACGAAAGGUUAAGGAUUAAUAAGGACAAUAUUAGUGUAACAUUAGCAGACCUUAAAAUUCAAGAUUCUGGAAGCUUCUCUAUUGUUGCAGAAAGAAAAUCUGUUCAACUUCCAACAAAAAUCAUCGAGCUACAUGUUCACGAUCUCAUCACAGAUGUUCAGAUUGAGUACAAUGGUUCCUGGUCACAGUUAAAAAAUAUCUGCACAUUUCACCUUCGGUGUCUGGCAUCUGGUGAUCCAAAUCCCUCCUACAGCUGGAGCGGUCAUCAGGUCAAGACUCAAGGUCAACACCUGAAGAUCAGCCUCUGUCCAGCAGACAGCGCUACACUCACCUGCACAGCAAACAACGCCAUCAGUGUCAAGUAUACUACUAAGACUGUAGCGUGCACAGACAAAUCUGAGGGUCAAACGUUCUGUGUAAAAAGUUAGAUUUUUAAAGGAUUAUAUAAUUUACAAAAAGUUUACUUUAAAACAAAGACAAAACAUGCCCACCCAUUUUUGGA